AUGGCCGGCAAACCAACAGGAAUCGGCUCCGAGUCCACCGCCCCCACCCCCAUCCGACUCUCCUCCAAGUCCGCCGCCGCGGCUCCUAUGCUCGAUAGAGAGAUGGAGCUUGGUGCGCUCUCUGGCGAGGCCACAUCGCCCGCCGCGGCCGGCGCUGCCGCGGCACCGGUCCCGGCCGAGAAUGAUAUCAUGCAAAUAGCGAGGGUAGGCGAUGUGCCUGCCAUGGAGAAGCUGUUUGAGUCUGGAGACUACGACGCCACAUAUACCGAUGACGAUGGCAUUACGCCGCUGCAUUGGGCGGCCAUCAACAACCAGCGGCGACUCGGUCGCAACACCCUCCAAUGGGCUGCUCAGCGCUGUCACUACUACGUCGUCAAUUUUCUCCUUCACCACGGCGCCGACCCUCUCAUCACCGACCAACAAGGCUACAACACCCUCCACAUCGCCACCUUCAACGGCAACGUCCUCCUCCUCGUCCUGCUUCUUCAUCAGGGCAUCCCCGUCGACGUUGCCGACAGCUUCGGCCAUACCGGACUUAUGUGCGUCGAGGCGGUCGACGAACAGGGCUUCACCGCCCUGCACUGGGCCCUCGUCAAAGGUUCCGCCGCCUGUAUCCUCAAACUGAUCGAGUAUGGGUCCGAUCGCUUCGCCAAGACCGAGACGGGUAAGACCCCGGCUGUGACGGCCUCAGAGCUCAACACGACGCCGCAGUGGCGCCGCGCUCUAAGGGAGUGCGGCUACGACAGCGAGGGCCACCUCAUCGUUCCGCCGUGGCCUGGGGCGUCCUAUUUCCUCAAGGAUAAGCGGGAUUUCGUGACCAAGUUCCUAUUCCUCUACCCGACAAUCUUGAUCUGGGCGGUGAUUAGCAUCGUCGCAUACAUGCCCAUCUUUGCCGGCGUGCCCCUCGCCAUGGCGGUCGGCUACGGUUUGAUGUGGGUUGCAAACCAGGUGCUCGAGCAUGCGCCAUCAGACAUGAGACACUACCAGAAGACGCCUUGGUUGGCCGGCAUAUUUGCGGGUUCGCUCUUCCUCAUCGGAUGCAACUGGCUUCUCUCCAUCUUUGCCUCAACGACCUUUUACGCAGAAUCCGAAACACGAUGGCUUCUUAACCUGGCUUUCCUCGCCUGCUACCUCACCGUCGGCUACUUUUAUGCCACCUGUAUGGUGUAUGACCCAGGCUUCGUGCCUAAGAUGAAGGGCAUUGCCGAACAAAAGGCCGUCAUCGACGAGCUCCUCAAGGAGUGGAAGUAUGACGAGGCCAACUUUUGCGUCACCUGCAUGAUUCGCACGCCCCUGAGGAGCAAGCACUGCCGAAGGUGUCAGCGCUGCGUUGCCAGGCAUGAUCACCACUGCCCUUGGGUGUACAACUGCAUUGGCGUCAACAACCAUCGAAACUUCUUCUUCUACGUCGUCAGCCUCACUUUUGGCGUGCUAUUCUACGACUGGAUUCUCUACUACUACUUUUCCGCUCUCACGCCCAACGCCUCGGACACCUGCAACUUGCUCGGCCCCAGCAUCUGUAAAGUUGUCAACGCGGACGCCUAUACGCUCAUUCUCGCCAUCUGGGCCACGCUCCAACUCACCUGGGUGUCUAUGCUUCUGUUCGUUCAGGUGAUCCAAAUCUCGCGGGCCAUGACUACCUACGAGAAUAUGUUUGGAGUGCAGGAUACCGAUGUUAGCACGGCCUUCACCUCGACCGGCACCCCUCUUGAUCCCAACCACCCGGCCAACGCGCCCUCGGGCGAGUCCGGCACUGGCGGAGGCCACUCCCACGGACACUCCCAUGGCCGCAGGCGCCAGGGCGGCUUCGUCAAGAACUGGGCGCGUAUCCUCGGCGUUGAUCCUUUUAUCGAGACAGUGCGCGGACGCGGUGCGGCAACAGGCAGCAGUAAAGACCGGCGCAAGAAGAAGAACCCUUACUCCAAGGGGUGCGUGGUCAACUGCAAGGACUUCCUUUGCGACCCGGCCCCCUCUUCGGCGAGAGGAGGAGCGGAGAGGCUAGCCUCGGGGGUGAGGUGGUCAAUUACUCGGAAAUGUACGAGAGCCCUCGGAUGA